AUGGUAAAGAAGACUAAUGGAGCUUGGAGGAUGUGUAUUGAUUACAUAGACCUCAAUAAGGCAUGUCCGAAAGACUUCUUUCCGCUCCCCCGUAUUGAUCAACUUAUCGAUGCCACGUCCGGACAUCAAAUUCUUAGCUUCAUAGAUGCCUACUCAGGCUACAAUCAAAUAAGAAUAAAUCCUGUAGAUGAGGAGGCAAAUGAUUUUCAAACAGACAGAGGACUGUACUGCUACCAGGUUAUACCUUUUGGAUUGAAGAAUGUAGGAGCCACAUAUCAGCGCCUCAUGAAUAAGCAUAUUUCUGAUUUGGAGCAAUAUUUCUGUCUCCUUCGAUCUUACAACAUGCACCUCAACCCCUCCAAAUAUGAAUUUGGAGUAGCCUCAGGAAAUUUUUUGGGUUUUAAGGUUAUCCACCGAGGGAUUGAGGCCAAUCCUGAGAAGAUCCAGGCUCUAAGGGAUAUGGUGCCUCCUAGAAACAUCAAAGAUGUCCAGAGAUUAAAUGGAAGGAUUGCAGCACUCUCUCGCUUCUUAGCUCGCUCAGGAGAUAGAUAUCUACCAUUCUUCAAAAUCCUUAGAGGUGCUCCUAGAUCUGAUAUCAAAUCUCAAGCACUUACAUAUUUUGUGGUAGAAUGCACCAUCUCAAUAUCUGACGAUCAACGGAGUGUUUCUCGCUCUCCUUCGGGCUGGAAGUUAUAUGUUGAUGGAGACUCUAGAGUUUCUGGCGUCGGGGCAGGAGUUCUGCUAAUCUUUCUACGGCAAGUUAUUCUUGAAUAUGGACUCCAAUUCAAGUUUCCUGCAAAGAACAAUGUAGCAAAAUACGAAUCUCUUGUUGCCAUAUUGAGACUGGCAAUCGACUGUGAAGUGCAAAAUUUGGUGAUCUACAUUGACUCGCACAAUCUAGACCUCCUUCCAAAAGUAAGAGAUGAGACGAUGCUUAAGGUUGUUGCUUACGACCAGAGAGUUGCCCGGCACUAUAAUCGAAGAAUGAAAUCAUGGCGUAUAUCGAUUGGAGAUCUUGUUCUACGCAGCAUCAAGGCAGCAGGAAAAGGCCCUCAACACAAUAAACUCUCCCCCCUCUUGGAGGGUCCAUACUUGGUAUCAGCUAUGGUGAAGCUUGGUACUUUCAAAGUGAAUGAUGCUAAAGGAAAUAUAUUUUCUCAAAUUUGGAAUGUUGACAAUCUCUGUAAGUACUAUCACUAG